CCUCGACGGCCGCGGCCGACAUCCGCGGCGGGCUGACGGGCGACUGCUGGCGCGAGCCGUUCCAGUGCUGCUCGCACUGGCUCGGGGAGAUGUGCGGUAGGGAGCGGUGAGGCAUCCAUCGCAGACAGAUAGAAUGAUGGAGAGGCGAGAGGUGGCGAGGCCGAGGGGAAGGGCGGCGAGGCUCGAGAGGCGGAGGCACGGGAGAGAGAUGGAGAAGAAGGACAAGAAGGCAAGGAAAGUGCCGGCGUUGGGCGGCUUUGGGAAAUGGAAGUGGGUGGCGUGGGUGGUUAGACGCGCUAGCGGGGUCGUUGGCGCGCUUCGGCGUGUGCUGGAGCGUUGGGCGGUCGUUGGGCGGUUUCUUUACGGGAUGGGGGUGGAUACCCGGGGGUCGGUUGUGGCGGCUUUGGAAGGGUGGUUUUUCUUUCCUUCGCCCCCUCCCCCCCUUUUCUUUUGUGACCGGAUGGGUAUGGGGAGAGUCGCGCUCUCUCUCCUUUUUGGCAGCGCGGUGGGGUAUUGGGUUAUUAGGUUAUUACGACUAUCGCUCCGAGGAUAAAGCAAAAAGGGGGUACAUACAAACAACCUUCCAAACACUAGGUACCUAAUAGCCUAAACUUCCUCAGCGGAGCGGGUUACCUACUUAGUCCCCUCUCUCCUCGGCUUCUCCCUCCUGAUAUACAACAGCACAUCCCCCAGCCCCUUAUGGUAAAUAAGCUCCAAC